GUCAUGUCGCAACAUUUGCAAUUUACAGCCAUUCCACCCGCCAGGCGUUUCCGCUCCUCCCCCAACUUCGCCUGGCUCUCCUGAAUCUAUCACCAUGGAUGGAAUUCCACAGCCGGCGGACUUGGACAUGCGCUCGUUUGGAAACUAUGCCCACUUUUCUACGCCCAGCCCGGGCAGCCAGGAGACUUUGGGUGGACUUCAGCCGUUUGGCGGUUCUCAGGAUGUCCUGCAUGAUAAUAAUCUCGCUCUGAACAAGUUCAUUCAUGACUUCAAGAAUGAAUCUUGGAACCCUCUCAGAGCCAACUCUCACGGAUUCGGAGGUAGGCAGCCCCUCGGGGUUCCCAUGAAUUUUACAACUCUAAAUUUUCCUGCCAUCUAUCGUAACACCACGGUGCCUUCCGAGUGUAGCACUGUUGUUCCCUCCGAUUCUGGCUAUGGCACUUUGGCAAACCCCUCGGUAUCUGGCGAUACGGACCAUAACACAGAGACUCAGAGUCUCAUUGUGCCACUUUCAAACCUCCAGCUCCCAGCCGGGUCAAACACAGAUGCCAUGCCAUCCGCGGAUAAGCAUCGCCAGAGGAGAGCCUGGAACCGCGGCGCUGCCACUAACUUGGGCACCAAUCCUCUUAUUUGCCCAUCCUGCGACGCGGCCGUCAGGACACAAUCAGAACUAACAAAACACGAGCAGCGCCACGCAAAACCCUUCCGUUGUGACGAGCCUGGGUGCUUGCGCAGCAAAGAAGGAUCUGGAUUCAGCACCAACAACGAUCUUCUUCGACACAAGCAGUCUGUCCACCGUGCCGAUGGAACCAAAUACCGAUGUGACAUUUCGCAGUGCAGGACCAGGUUCAAGGCGUGGCCCAGGGCGGAUAAUUUCAGAUCGCAUCUCAAGAAGAUUCACAACUAUCUUGUUGGCCCCAACGAUGAUUUAGAGAGAUUUAUCUUGCAACCGCCCAUGCGCUCAGAGUCUGUCAGUCUUCAUUCUUCCGAGGCGAUUGCACCAGAUAUGGACACGCACCCCCAUUUGGAUUCUACACCUCAUAUGCCUUGGGUUGGAUUAGAGCCAAGUCGGCUUGACUCGAUGGCAUCCCCAGGCGGAUUUACCGGACAAAUGGGCAGCAUGAUGCAACUCACGAGCCACCCACGUCUUAUGGAUGAACAGGAUUUUUCCACCCUGACUGGUGCUGGCGGAAUUCAAGUUCAGGACCAGGCGUCUUUGGAUAAUAUUAAUUUGCAGCUUGAUAUGGAUCCCGUCAUGUCUGAGUUGAAUACUCCCCAAGGUCACCUUCCAGUGGUAGAAGUUGAACCCCCUCUGCCUGAAGAGUCAGCCCCUGGAAGCCAUUCGUGCAUCGCCCCGGAUAUGUUGAGCCGUUCUGGCAUGCAAAGCCGUCAUUCGUCGGGCCAACGGGAUAUCGGACGCCAGCAGGAGGCGGAUGAAGACCGCGACUCCACUUUUGCCCAAGAAGAGGAUCGGACCGGACAGGAGGACGAGCCCAAUGUCCUUCAGCAACCAGGCGAGCUUGAACGAGACGCCGCCAUUGAGGAUGCUUCCUUGGAUGCUGAUGCAGAUGAUGACCUCGAGGACACGCAUAGUCCCUAUGAAGUCCAUUAUGACAAGCACAUCACGCUCCCCCCGCUACGAGACACGUCGGAAGGUGUCCUUGAGGGCUUCACCCCGCUCAAAUACAGCGGCAGCCCACAAACAACUAAAGCUACGGACUCUUACGAAGAGAUGGCGGAUCAUGAGACUGACGCGCGCGACUUGAUCAAGAGGUUGACGUUGAUGAAUCCAAGUGUGCUUGACAAGGUCAUACUAGAACUUGGAUAUCAAAAGUCGAAAGAAGCAGAAGCCAAGUCCAAGAAGAACCAGGCUAGCCUCACCCCCCUAGCCGCAAACACGGUGCCUUGUCCAACCUGUGGCAAGUCGUUCCAGCGGCCCUGCGAGCUCAAGAAACACGAAAAACGACAUAUUAAACCUUACGCGUGCACCUUUCCGCGAUGCGGGAAAAGUUUUGGAAGCAAAAACGACUGGAAGCGGCACGAAAACAGUCAGCACUUCCAACUCGAAGUCUGGAGAUGCGAUAUGAAGUCCAACAACGAGGAAUGCGGGAGGGUCUGCCACCGGAGAGAGACUCUCAAGUUGCAUCUGGAAAAGGAUCACGAAAUCACGGAUCAGAAGAAUAUCGAGGAGAAGUGGAACAGCUGCCGCAUCGGCCGCAACUGCGAGACACGUUUCUGGUGUGGAUUUUGCGAGAAGACGAUCGAGUUCAAGAACAACGGCGCCUUUGCUUGGACUGAGCGCUUUGACCAUAUCGACGAUCACUACAGCGGACGAGCGGAGCCGAAGAUGGACAUCUCAAAGUGGAAGGACGUUGACGCCGACAUCACACUCAACGCCUUCGAGUUGGCGCCAGGCAAGAACGCGAGGCGGGCCAAACAGAGUCCCGAAGACUCGGGGCCGCCGACCCGGCACUCAGAUAAACCUCAAAAACGAAGCGCCGAGUCGAGUGACGACGACUUUUCGCAGCGAGCCAAACGUGCCAAAGCUGGGAAUGACGUGUUUUGGUCCUGUGUAAGAUUGGUCCCCGCUGCCCCCUGAACCUACCCGUUGUCGACUCAGCUGACCCUCCCGUCUUAGUGUGCCUGCAAAAACUAUUGGAGUCCAGACAUGACGGCUACGUGUUUGGAAUCACAGUGUGGCCAUAGGCGAUGCGAUACUUGCCGAGUGAGGACACACAAUAUCACCGAGGAAAAGCGGGCUUGAAUGUCCUCCUGAUGACUUGAGUCUUGAUGGCUCGAGUCCUAAUGACUUGAGAUUUUACACGACUUGCGUAUAUAUUCUCGGUUCUCGUGUUUUAUAAGUGGAAUGAUAUUUUUGGCAUAAUACCCCUGGGAAAGAGG